AUGGACGAAUUUGUCAACUGGGACAACGCCGACCCGGCGGCGUCCGGCAUGAUGGACCUUGACUUAAUGUCCCCAUCCCUAUCCCUGGACGCCGCGGGCGACCCUCUGCACGACCUCGACCUGGCCCUCGAGAACGCCGUCGGGGACGAUUUCUCCUUCUGGGCCCUGCAGCACUUUGAGAACAGCAACCCGCUCGCCGCCAUGGCUAUGGACCCCUCGGACAGCCUCACGCUCGAGCAGCCUGGAGACUCGCCCCAGGCCUUUGAUUCAGUAGAAACCCCCGAUGCCCCCUGUACUUCCUGCCAGGCCGGCGGCUACCAGUGCAAGCGUAUGCGCGAGGGAAAGUACAAGGGCUAUUGCACGAGCUGUAUCGCCCUUCGCUGCUACUGCAGCUUCGGCAGCAGCGGCAUGUUCCCAUCCAACCCCUGGCCGCUCAUGGGUGACCAUCCCGAUGCCAUCGCCCAGGAGGAUGUCUUGGUUGACAACAGCCUGAAGCAGCUGCACACCAGCGCCUCGGAAUCCGAUCUGGCCAACCUCGCAUCCGCUGCCACCGCCACCGGCCCGACCCCGGCCGCCGGGCCUAAGAUUGGGGCUCGCUUCUCCCGCGAGUCUGUCAAGAUCCUGAAAAACUGGCUGUCAACCCAUAGCAGACACCCAUAUCCCACCGAGGACGAGAAGGACAUGCUCCAGAAGCAGACGGGCCUCAACAAGACCCAGAUAACGAACUGGCUUGCCAACUCGCGCCGCAGACGCAAGAUGGCCCCGCCCCGCUCGACGUCACCCGGCGUGCGGAGCUGGACAAACGCCAUUGACAUCCCUCAACGACGGGGCACACCUGCGUCGUUUGAGCACAUGAAUCCACUGCAACGUUGGCAGAACUCCCCCCCUGAGAACGAACCAGCCUCGGUGACAGCUAUCGCACGUGCCGUCACUGCCUCGACCUCGACGCUCUCGUCGGGUCUCAACAGCCCAUACAGCCUCAACUUUACCGACGACGGCUCGGGCCGGUCGCUCUGUGCAGUAUCUUCCGCUAGCAGCGCCAACACAUCACAUUCGAGCGGCGGCUCCUUCGCCUCGGCUUAUUCGCACAUGUCGCGCGGCUCGUUUGGCUCGCUCGGGUCCAUGAAUCGCGGCCGCCGGCGGAGGAGAAGAAAGGGAGCCAAGGGGCCCGAGCAACACAGUGGACCGCUGAUCGCGCCGCCCAAGACCUUCCAAUGUACAUUUUGCACGGAAACGUUUAGGACCAAGCAUGAUUGGCAGAGGCACGAGAAAUCGCUGCAUCUGUCGCUUGAGCGGUGGGUGUGUACGCCCGAGGGUCCCCGCGCCUUCAACCCCGAGAACGGGCAAAUCUCGUGCGUGUUUUGCGGCGAGGCCAACCCGGACGACGCUCACGUAGAGAGCCACAACCAUUCAGCCUGCCAAGAGCGCACUCUGCCAGAGCGCACUUUUUACCGCAAGGACCACCUGAGGCAGCACCUCAAGCUCGUCCACCGGGCCAAGUUUGUCAACUGGUCCAUGGAGCAAUGGCGCGUGUCCACGCCCGAGAUUCGCUCCCGCUGUGGCUUUUGCGGCAUUGUCAUGGACACGUGGACGAUCCGUGUCGACCACCUCGCAGAGCACUUCAAGACCGGCUACUCCAUGGCCGACUGGAAGGGCGACUGGGGUUUCGAAACCCCUGUGCUCGACAUGGUCGAGAAUUCAAUCCCACCCUGGCUCAUUCACGACGAAAGGAACACUCCGUACCCCUACGAAGCCACUCAAGGGUCUCCAGAGUCGGCUCGAAAUGCGUACGAGCUGAUCAAGAGCGAGCUGCUGUUCUACAUUGGCAACCGACACGACGAGGCGGGGACGAUGCCUACAGAUGAAGAGCUUCAGCUCGAGGCUUGCCGAAUUAUAUUCGGGGCGGAGGUGAUCUCAAGGCAGGCCAUCUCAUCGAGGCCGAGCUGGUUACGCGACUUGCUUCUGUCGUCCGACCAAUUGACCCUGCAGGCCCAACUUGCUCCCAUCCGGUCUCACGCCGAUAGCCGUCAGGCCCAGCUCAAGAUCAACGGCAAGGAUACCAUUUUCGACGACGAUCCGAUGGAGCUGCAGCUUCACGAAUUCGUUAAAGCUCGCGGUUUAUUGGGCUUAACCGCCAUGGACGACGAGCUGCAGGUAGAGGCGUGCACUAUCAUUGGCCGCAUGGAGGAGUCAUCCAGCCAUCCAUCGGACGAGGUAGCCAAUUUCCUGCUACGUCUAAUCUACAGCUCGACGCAAUGGCUGGUCGGAUUCCGGCAACGCGCGGUGCUACCUCGGUCCGAAGACGUCCAGGACGAGGCGAAGCGGUCCAAGGACCCCAACACGGUCGAUUCGACAAUUCAUAACUACAGCCGCCUCGACUCGGAGCUGGCCGAGUAUGUACGCAACCAGCGAUCUCUGGGCCAUGAGCCGAGCGACGAUGACCUUCAGAAACGGGCGCGUAUCAUCAUAUACGAAUUUGAUGACGAAUGGAAUCAGACCGCCGCUGAUAAUGCAGCCUGGCUGGCGGCGUUCAAGCAGCGCCAGGUCCCGUCUGAGUCGAGCGCUGUAGCCGUGCCAAGCAACGACCCGGUGACCACCAAACCGUUGUUGCCUAGCAGCCUGACUUCCUUAACCUCAUCUGCCCCAUUUACAACCAAGCCGACAGGCUCUAGCACGCCCGAUCUCACCGCUGCAGGCGGGUUCCGGCGUGGCAGUCCCAGCGGAAGUGGCGAUGGCAGCGCAAGCGGUACAGGAAAAACCAACGCAGUGGUCGGAAGGCGCAUGAAACAGUCCUUUUCCUUCAACGACUCCAACUGCUACCGGUUUCUGGCACGGGAGCUGACCCGCUAUGUCGCCUCUGUCAUGUCGCCCAACAACCCCAACUCCCACAUUCCAAGUGACGAUGAGUUGCAGUAUCAGGCGCGGUGGAUUCUGUAUGACGACGACGACCCGUGGAAUCAAACAGAAGCCGACGACCCCGAGUGGCUACAGCGCUUCAAGCGCCAAGUCGGCAUCCUCACUGACCCAUCGCCACCUGGCUUACCGGAUAGGCCUUCAGGCACCAAGACGGAAGGGCCCAUUAGUCUAAACGCGCCACCCUAUUCGUUCAUGUUCAUGAAACCCGGCAGCCAGAUGGCAGAUAUGGCCGCCACCACUGGCAACAACGUUAGCGGAAAGAGCACCCAGGCCGUCCCGAUGCUCGACGGCGGAAGAGGAGGAGAGCCAGGACUCGGGGCGGAAGCCGCGGCCAUGAUACCGGAUCCUGCGCAACUGGAUGAUAUUCUCCAGGAUUUGAACUUUGACUUUGACUUUGGCGAAUUGAUGGCUGAUAUGCAGCAAUGCGAAGGUGUUGGAAACUAA